AGCGCGAGGUGCACUCCGCCAUGCAGAUGGGGCAGUCCUGCGAGGACCUGACCCUCGUGGCCGGCCUGCAGAACUCGCCCACGAGGCUACACAGAUUUUCACCAGUCGUGUCCCCGUCGCCCACGCGGAAAUACACGACGCGGCGGAGUCUGUCGCCGAUCGCGAUCCGAGCGUCGAGCUUCAGCCCGGUGGGGCGAGGCGGCGGCGGCUACGCGGGCGGCAAGCGGCGCUUCGACGAGGCCGACUCGCCGCUGUCCAAGCGCAUGUGCACAGAGCGCCGCACGCCUUCCACGCCCGGCACGCCAGGAACGCCCGACUCCGAGCUCGAGUGCACGUUCCGACCUGUCUCCCCGCGCGCGCCCGCUCCCCGUCACAAAUCCCCCGAACCCAGCUAGUGCCCCCCCACCCCCGGGGAAUCCCCCCCCUCGAUAGCCAAAGCAUACAAAACUUUAUUGUAAAUAUUUAACCGCGCUCAGUGUACCGAGCGCGGUCUUGUAUAUAAUAUCGGUAAGAACGUAGCCAUAGUGUGAGAGCGUUGGUUUUAUUGUGAUCGUUUGCGACAGUUUUGAGUUGACCGCCGAAUUUAUUUAUUGUGAGCUUCCGUAGCGUCCUGACGCGGUGUGAGCGCUUUCGCGUUGGGUGUAUAGGAAACCUAAAGUGAAAGCGCUGACAUAAUUUAUCUUCAUUACAUCAGCGUGUUGUUUUUUGUAUGGAGCUUUUGCUCCGAACCGUUCGAUAGACUCGUUUUUGGGAUGCGCUCCUGCACAAACAUUGACACUGAAUGACUCGGGUCGACAAUGUGAGGCUGUUAGCCGGCUAAUUUAUAUAAAAUUAUUGACAUUUCGCAAUUAAAUUAAAAUAAAUUGUUGAGCUAAAAUCAUAAUAUAAUAAACAUUGUAAGCGUUGAUUUAUUUUAAUUGAAGGUUAUGAAGGAGUUGUUUUGUUUGUAAUUGAUUUGCAUUCAUCCAUUGUGUUCAUUGUGUCACAUAGCUUAUAAAACCACUAUUAUAUGAUACUGAUAUAUCAUAAUUCGUAGGGUAGGUAGCGAUUCAAGUUAUACAUAAAUCCAUUUAAUAAUAUUUUAAGUAUGAUGUACCACAUUAAAGUGCUCAUUGUUGAUUUUUUAAUCAAAUAUAGCAUCGGUAUUUGGAAAUUCAUUUAAGUUAGUUUCAAGGUGUUUAUUGCGUAAUUUACCUGUGUUACCAAAUUUAACAGUAUUUUUACUGCAUAUUACUUGUUUUUUGUACAUUUCUCUGUUGUUAUUUGAAUAUAAUCAAAUUAACUAUCCAUCAAGUGUGUUGAGAGACGUGGAAAAAUUGUACUUUUUCUUUGAAUGCUAUGAAUUUCUGAAUCAAUAGUGAAAAUAGUUUGUUUAUAUUGUAAUGAAAUCCGCAAUAUCUUGGUGUAAUUAAUUUUUAAUACCUCAACCACACCGUAUGAGCUGUUGCAAAUUGCAUUUUUAUGUUAAUGUGUAAUAUUUUGUACUACGUACAUAGUUAAUGAGUAUGGCAAAUGUAAGCGAAGUAGACGGGAUAGAAACCAAUUGGGGUCAUUCCUGUAGAAUUUAGGCGGGCGUGAUCAAAAGUUAUCGAUUUUUAGGAAAUUAUUUUCGUUUUGCUAUCCAAAAAUCCGAAUGCAUUUUCGGAAAUGUAUAUAAUUAUAAUAGAAUAAUCUUAUUUAGUUCGACUAACAAUGAGUAGUAAGGAUUUAUAGGUAAAAAACUGGUUCUCAAUUUAGAUGAACAUUCUUUUAAAACAACAACGAAAGACUAACGUUAUUUCUGUGCCUCUAAGGCUUUAUUUCCUCCUACGCUGACGUCGGUCGCGUACAUCGGUCGAGCGUACGAAU